GUCUGAUUUCCCUGUGUGUUGGUUGCGGCAAUCAAAUUCAUGAUCAGUAUAUUCUGAGGGUUUCUCCGGAUUUGGAAUGGCAUGCGGCAUGCUUGAAAUGUGCCGAGUGUAAUCAGUAUUUGGACGAGAGCUGUACGUGCUUUGUUAGGGAUGGGAAAACCUACUGUAAAAGAGACUAUAUCAGGUUGUAUGGAAUCAAAUGCGCCAAGUGCAGCAUUGGCUUCAGCAAGAACGACUUCGUGAUGCGCGCCCGCGCCAAGGUGUACCACAUCGAGUGCUUCCGCUGCGUGGCCUGCAGCCGCCAGCUCAUCCCUGGGGACGAGUUCGCGCUGCGGGAGGAUGGGCUGUUUUGCCGCGCCGAUCACGACGUGGUGGAGAGAGCCAGCCUGGGCGCCGGCGACCCGCUCAGCCCCCUGCACCCGCCGCGGCCGCUGCAGAUGGCAGCUGAGCCCAUUUCUGCACGGCAGCCGGCCCUGCGGCCGCAUGUCCACAAGCAGCCCGAGAAGACCACCCGCGUCCGGACUGUGCUGAACGAGAAGCAGCUGCACACCUUGCGGACCUGCUACGCUGCCAACCCUCGGCCGGAUGCGCUCAUGAAGGAGCAGCUGGUGGAGAUGACAGGCCUCAGCCCCCGCGUGAUCCGAGUCUGGUUCCAGAACAAGCGGUGCAAGGACAAGAAGCGGAGCAUCAUGAUGAAGCAGCUCCAGCAGCAGCAGCCCAACGACAAGACUAAUAUCCAGGGAAUGACAGGAACUCCCAUGGUGGCUGCCAGUCCAGAGAGACACGAUGGUGGCUUGCAAGCUAACCCAGUUGAGGUGCAAAGUUACCAGCCACCUUGGAAAGUACUGAGCGACUUCGCCUUGCAGAGUGACAUAGACCAGCCUGCUUUUCAACAACUGGUCAAUUUUUCAGAAGGAGGACCCGGCUCUAAUUCCACUGGCAGUGAAGUAGCGUCGAUGUCCUCUCAACUCCCUGACACACCCAACAGCAUGGUAGCCAGUCCUAUUGAGGCAUGAGGAACAUUCAUUCAGAUGCGUUUUUUCCCUGUUGGAGAAAGUGGGAAAUUAUAUUGUUGAACUCUGAAACAAAAGUAUUUAACGACCCAGUCAAGGAAAACUGAAUCAAGAAAUGAAUGCUCCAUGAAAUGCACGAAGUCUGUUUUAAUGACAAGGUGAUAUGGUAGCAACACUGUGAAGACAAUCAUGGGAUUUUACUAGAAUUAAACAAACAAACGAACGAACCCAGGACCCAUCAUAAUACUAUUCAAUGAUCUUAGGAGUACUGAAAAAAAAAGACGUUUUUAAAACGUAGAGGAUUUAUAUUCAAGGAUCUCAAAAAAAAAAAAAAGCAUUUUUUGUUUCACUGCACAUCUAGAGAAAAACAGAAACAGAAUUUUCGAGUCCACCCUAACCUCAAUGGUGCUGUUCUAUGUGGCCAUCGCCUUGCUGAGCAGGAGCUCCAGCGAAGAGCAGGAAGAGCCUGGGCUCCAGGGCCCAGAGAGUGCUUUCAGCACGGGGAGCUGCAUUGCUUUGCAGUGUUUUUAGUUGACUUUAACAAGGAGUUAAUUGAAAUCCUGGGUCUCUUAGCAUGUCCUGUAGCUGGUUUCCUUUGUACUUUUGCCACCCGCCACCUCCCUGGCCCUUUUUUUUGAGAUCCAUCCUCUAUCAAGAAGUCUGAAGCGACUUUAAAGGUUUUUGAAUUGAGAUUUAAAAACCAACUUCUAAAGCAUUGCAACAAGGUUACCUCUAUUUUGCCACAAGCGUCGGGAUUGUGUUUGACUCGUGUCUGUCCAAGAACUCUUCCCCCAAAGAUGUGUAUAGUUAUUGGUUAAAAUGACUGUUUUCUCUUUCUCUGGAAAUAAAGAGGAAAAAAA